AUGACUCGCCCGCCAGGCGCGAGCUUCGCGGAGUUCUUCCCCACUGCUCCCAAGGUAAAAGCUCAGGCUCAGACUCGCGCAGACCAGGUCAGGGACCGCGAUCGCUUUAAAACAGCAUCGACUACCGACUCCACAACAGGCACAGCUGUGCUAGAAGCCGACGCGAAUAUCGGCCCCAACGGCAUUGUUUCAGCGUCGGAUACUAUGCCAACACAACCUGACGACACCGAAUCCCCAUUCACAGAUAUACCCAAUACCGUCGACUCGGCCAGCUCAUAUAGCAGCGCGGCUUCAUCGAUAUUCAGCACAUCCACCCGCCACGGUGCCGCGGCGACUACAGCUUCGUCCCGUCUUCCCACCUCGAGCCUCACCCCAAGCGCUUUCAAAGAUUCUCCCAACUCGGCCCUAACCGCCACAAAGCCAGACAUGUCUACGCACCAGACCCCCGAUCGGGCCGCGAGACAGUCCUCUCGAAACUCACCGGCCUCUGGUCCCAAUGUCUCGAUAUCAAAUGGACUUCCCUCCAAUGAGCGCAUUCCGGCUCGAGAUCCGUUACCCUCCGUCAAGGGCCUCAAGUGCACCUAUGAUCCGCUCCUCGAUCGAGUACACAAUAAGAGCGUUAGCAAAAGCGCCAAACCAACAUAUAAAGAGUUCGGUCGAGAAGAUGACGCCCCCCCUAAAGACCCCAGACUGGCCAGGUCGGAUGGUCGCCUCGGUUAUAUCAACACCGACUACUAUCUGCCUAAAUCACGACUACGAACAGCGCCUGAGAAUAUCAAGCCCUAUCCCUACGACCCCAAGACGUCCAUUGGCCCUGGUCCACCCACGCAGAUUGUCGUCACAAGAUACAAUCCGCUCAUUCCCUUUAGCAAAGUGACGGCUAUAUUUGCCAGUUUCGGUGAAAUAGCAGAGAGCAGUAACAAGAUGCAUCCAGAGACAGGUAGCUAUCUUGGAUUUGCAACAAUCCGAUAUCGAGAUUCUAAGCGACCUGAUCGUCCACCUGUCUCUGCUAUCGAUGCAGCCCGCCGAGCGGUGCGAGCCCGUGGAAUCAAGGUCGACGCCGACAUUGUUCAUGUAAAUUACGACCCUGAAGGUCGUAGGAGCCGGCGAAUGUUGGAAGAACAUCUCAAGAGGGAGAAGGAAAAGUUUGAGAAAAUCGAGCAGGAAAGACUUGCUCUUGCAGCCAAGGCACCACCGACCGGUCCAAAAUCUGGAACAGUCCCAGGAUUUACGAGGCCUCCCCCAACCGCUCCGAAAGGCCCAUCGGCUCAGCGACAACCUAUACCACCUGGUACACCACAAAUACCUUUGCUUGGCACGCAAGUCAAAGCGCUCAACCUAGAACCUUCGAACCUUGCACAAAGACUCGCGGACGAUCCAUACAUUUAUGUUACAGGUGAUAGCGUCCCGGUCUUACCUAGUAUCCUCCCACAUAUGAAGAAACGACUUAAGAGUUACGGCUUCGAAGAGAUUCGCGUCGACAAAUCGGGUUAUUUUAUUGUUUUUCGCAAUUCGUUUACUGGUAGCUCCGAAGCUGAACGAUGUUUCCGUGCCGUUAACCAUACCGAAUUCUUCAAUUAUGAUAUGACCAUGCAGCUUUGCUUACCUCGUCCUCGUCGAGGUGAUGCCUCCGGUCGCCAGCGAUCUAGUGCGAGCCCCGACCGACAGACACACGCCGAACCACGGUAUCGUGACGAAAAGGAUAGAAAACGGCGAGAGGAAGAAGCAGAUCUUGAAGAGGAGAAAAAGCAGAGAGCUAAGAACUUUGAUCCUGUGAUCGAGGCGGUGGAAGUUGUCAGACGUGAGAUGAUGGAACAUCUUAUACGACAUAUCCGUACCAAGGUCGCAGCGCCUGCUCUCUCCGAUUUUCUGGAUCCUGCCAAUCAUGCUGCCAAGCGACGAAAGCUGAACAUUGAGCAUCCCGACGACAUACAAGAGAUACCCAGUAUCGAGGACGGCAAUGACAGCUCUCGUGUGGGAACGCCCAACUCUCGCGCUGACCCAAUUGAGCGCCGAACUGGUCGCCUCGAACCGAAGGCUCUUCCAAGGAUUCGCAAGACCAAGGUUAAGGGCCAGGCGCAAAAGAGUGCCUUUGUUGAUCCGUUUGCCAGAAAGCGUCCACCUGUUGCCCGAAACGCCUUCCGUUCGCUCCACCACCGCUUGAGAAGCCUCGAUAGUGAUGCUGAAUCCGAUGAUGACACGGAUACUCGUGCACUAUUGGCUCGAGAGACGGAAGAGGCCGAAUCUCGCCCGCGCAGCCGAAUGAGCACCGAUGAUGAAGCUUCGAAGGACGAUUUCGUACCCUGGGAACAAGGUGAGGACGAUUCAAUGACCGAGGCCAGUUUCGCCAUAGCAGAUACAGCAAGCUCUAGAAAACGAAAGCUAGUCGCCUCACUUGAAUCGGUCUUUAAGCGCCAGAAGAAAUCGGACGAGGAACUGUUCGGUGUCAACCUUGAAACACUUGAUUCAGAAUUCAAGGGCCGUGAAGACUCUGUCGACAUUAUUCCUGAGCCAGAGACGGGCGACGACGUGGAAAGUAGAGUCUCCCGUUCCGAGACCCCGGCCUCGGCCAUUGGAAAACCUCUAAAGAAACGGCCUGGGAAGGUGAAAAAGACGAAGAAAACGUCGUUUGAAGAGCCCGAAACCUCGAAGCCCCAACCAGAGACAGAGUCACAGCGCGACGAUGAAGCUAUCGAACCUUCCAAGGCUGAGCAACAGAAGACAGAGAAGUCGUCUAUGGAAGAACUGACACCGGAGAAGUUCGACGACAAGUUCUUUGCCACAGAGCCCUUGACGCCUGCCCUUGAGUUACCAGACGGCGUUAAGCCCGACUUACCAAUAUUCCAGGGCUUGACAGUCAACAUCCAGGAUAUACCUGACCUGGCCAAACUUGCCAGGAGGUUUAAUACUAAGGACAUAGGGAAUGCGGAGUUGUGGCUGUGGACUCGCAACCGCAUCAGGGAGCUCAACUCUGCAAGACGCACGUUGGACUCUCCUGUUACUAUUGGAGGAUAUUAUGUGCCCAACCCUACUGGCUGUGCCCGCACGGAGGGUGUCAAGAAGAUUCUUAACUCCGAAAAGUCGAAGUACCUCCCUCACCAUAUCAAGGUGCAGAGGGCAAGACAAGAACGGGAAGCCCGCAACAAGUUGGGCAGGGACGCCGCUGCAGAUGCUGCGGAUGCCGCCAGAAUCGCAGCCGAGAAGCUGGUCGCCAAGGGAAAUUCACGAGCGAACCGCGCUACCAACCGUCGCUACGUUGCUGACCUCAACGACCAGAAGAAGACUCUCGGCCAGGACUCUGAUGUCUUCAAAUUCAACCAGCUCAAGAAGCGCAAGAAGCCCGUCAAGUUUGCUCGUUCGGCUAUCCACAAUUGGGGUCUAUACGCUAUGGAGAACAUUGCAAAGGACGACAUGAUUAUUGAGUAUGUCGGCGAGCAAGUUCGACAGCAGAUAUCCGAAAUCCGCGAGAACCGAUAUCUCAAGAGUGGUAUUGGAAGCAGUUAUCUGUUCCGUAUUGACGACAACACCGUCAUCGACGCAACCAAGAAGGGUGGCAUUGCGCGAUUCAUCAACCAUAGUUGUAUGCCCAACUGUACCGCCAAGAUCAUUAAAGUUGAGGGAAGCAAGCGCAUUGUCAUCUACGCGUUGCGCGAUAUUGCCCUGAACGAAGAGUUGACGUACGACUACAAAUUUGAGCGUGAAAUCGGCAGCACCGACCGUAUUCCCUGUCUCUGCGGCACUGCGGCUUGCAAGGGCUUCCUCAACUGA